AUGGCUCAAGCUAAUGCGGGUAAUCCAGAAAAGAUCAUAUGCCCAUGCAGACUUUGUGGAAACCUACGUCGUCAACAUUUUGAUAUAGUAUUUGCGCAUUUGGUGAUUGAGGGAAUGGAUCCUACAUACACUACAUGGGUUUUUCAUGGGGAAAAUCCUGCUACAUUUAUACAUAGUGAAGGUGAUGAAAAUGAUAUGGAUCCACCAGAGGCAUAUGAAAUGUAUAGAGAUGCGUAUUUUGAUAGUGAUAAUGAUGAUGUUGCGGAUCCUAUGUAUGAAAGAAGAGAGGUAGAGUUCAAAAAGUCAUUGAUGGAAGCUGAAACUCCUUUGUUUCCUGGUUGCACAAAACACUUGAUUUCUGCCAUUAUUAUAUUAUACAAGCACAAAGCCGCUCAUAAUCUAUUGUACACCGGUUUUGAUGAGCUUCUUAAAAUUGUUCGGGACUUUCUCCCUGAUAAUAGUACGCUUCCCAAUGGCACCUAUGAAACAAAAAAGCUAUUGAAAACUUUCAAUUUGGGGUACGAAAAGAUAGAUGCAUGUAUUAAUGACUGUGGUUUAUUCAGAAAAGAUUUUGAAAACUUGGAUAGGUGUCCAAAAUGUGGUGCUUCGCGUUGGAAAGUUAGUGAUCGCAGUAAAAAAAUUCGAAUUGGUAUUCCAGCCAAGGUUUUACGAUACUUUCCAAUAAUACCUAGACUAAGGAGAAUGUUUAGGUUAACUGAAAAGGCUAAACAAUUACUGUGGCAUUCUACUCACAAAAGCAGGGAUGGCAAGAUGCGGCACCCAGUAGAUUCCCUUGCAUGGGAUAAAAUAAAUAAAAAUUGGCCCGAUUUUGCGUCAGAACCUCGCAAUUUAAGACUUGGGCUUUCUACAGAUGGCUUUAAUCCAUUUGGUGAUCUGAGCAGGCCAAAGCAACCAGGGAAUGACAUAGAUGUUUUCUUAGAGCCACUUAUAGAAAACUUGAAAGAGUUAUGGGAAAAAGGAGUGGAGAUAUAUGUUGCAUCUAAUAAGUCCAAUUUCAUUUUAAAGGCAAUUUUAAUGUGGACAAUUCAUGAUUUUCCAGCUUAUGGAAAUAUAUCUGGUCAUACAGUUAAGGGUAAAGUAGGUUGCCAGGUAUUACCUGUGCGUCAUAAUCUUGACGUAAUGCACAUUGAGAAAAAUGUUUGUGAGAGCAUUAUUGGCACUUUGUUGAACAUAAAGGGAAAAUCAAAGGAUGGACUUAACUCUCGCAUGGAUUUGGAAAAAAUGGGCAUUAGAGAUGAGUUGCAUCCAAAGAAGAUUGGAGAAAAAUAUUACUUACCGGCAGCACCACAUACAUUAUCGAAUGUAGAAAACUCUAACAUUGGGAAGUGUGUAUCAUUAGCUGAAUGGAAGAUUAUAGGCCUGAAGUCCCACGAUUGCCACAUUUUAAUGCAACAAUUGCUACCAGUAGCACUACGGGGUCUUUUACCAAAGGGGCCAAGGAAUGCAGUAUUUCGACUAUGCGCAUACUUUAAUGAAAUUUGUCAAAAGGUUAUUGAUAAAAACACUUUAGAAAGAUGUGAAAAUGAUAUUGCAGAGACUUUAUGUUUGCUUGAAAGGUUCUUUCCUCCAUCUUUCUUUGACAUUAUGGUUCACUUGACUAUUCAUCUCACGCGGGAAGCUCGCAUAUGUGGACCAGUACAAUAUCGUUGGAUGUAUUCAUUCGAGAGAAAUAUGAAGGUUUUGAAAGGAUACGUUAAGUAUCGAUCAAAACCUGAAGGAUGUAUAGCAGAACGUUAUAUGGCAGAAGAAUGUGUUCAGUUUUGCAGUGAGUACAUGCAAAAAGCAGCUGAAAUAGGCGUUCAUCAUUCUUGUAAUGAGGACCUUGAAAGUGAAACAACAAUAGAAGGGCGUCCAAUUUCAAAAGGAAAUCUAAAAACCAUGCAUACUGGCAUAAAGCAUUUGGAGGAGCUUAUGGCUUCAGAUAGGCGUUUUUCAAGGAAUGGAAACUUGUUGCAGAGAAGACAUAUGGAAACUUUUAUUGUAUGGUUUGCAAACGAAAUCAAUGGAAGUAGUAGCAGGUCAGAAAGACUAAAGUUUCUUGCAAAAGGUCCAAGAAAAGAUUUCCUGUCUUAUUCUGGUUAUGUUAUAAAUGGACAGUGGUUUCGCACCAUAGAUGUUGUAAGAACUACACAAAAUAGUGGUGUAGCCGUUGAAGCUGAAACCAUGUGCCGAUCUAGUGCAAAAGACACAAGUCAAGUUGUUGGAAAAAUAUCGUACUAUGGGGUUCUAAGAGAUAUAGUUUUGUUAGACUUCUACACAUUUAAAGUACCAUUGUUUUAUUGUGAUUGGGCAAACAUUAGGAAUGGUGUCAAAGUCGAAGAUGGACAUACAUUGGUUAAGCUCCCUGAGGGACAAAGCCAAUUUGAAAAAGAUCCUUUUAUUCUUGCAUCACAGGCUAAACAAGUGUUUUAUUCAAGGGAUACUGAAACAUCAAUUUGGUAUGUUGUACUUAAAGCACCACCAAGAGGUUUUCUUGAGUUCGAAAAUUUGGAAGAGGAUGCUUAUGUGUCGUAUGAACCAUCGGAUGUAUCAAGACUUGAUUCAGUUGUGAACGAUGAGGAUGAACAUUAUGAAUGGUUGGAUUGUGAGGGCAUGAUAGUUUUAUCUGAUCAGAUCUACAUUUUGGUUUUUCUUUUACCCAUUGUGGCCUUGCAUUUGAAGAUUAAUGGGUCCUACUGA